ACCAGAGCCGGAUCCCCAUUUGAAAACCUAGGAAAGGGAGUAACGUUAUUUCUGUGCUCGUGUUAGUUACGUUGCCAAUUUAAUGUUAGGUGGAUGACUAACGUUAUUGAAAAGAAAAAUGGCCGAAGAGUCGGCUGUUAAAGUGUGCAUUCGAAUCCGUCCGCUUAUUGCGAGGGAAGAAAGUGCUGAGUCGGAGGAUGCAGAGCCCGUCCACCUGUUUUGGAAAGCUGAUAAGAAAUCAGUUCAUCAGAUCGAUGAUGGGAAUUCCACUAAGAGCUUUAGUUUCGACCGAGUGUUCACUGCAGAAGAAACAACCAAUCAGCUGUACCACAACAUUGCAAAGCCUCUGGUUGUUUCCACUGUUGAGGGAUACAAUGGAACCAUAUUUGCUUACGGACAGACUUCUUCUGGAAAGACUUUUACGAUGAUGGGGUCUGACCGAUCACCUGGAGUGAUACCAUUGGCUGUGGAGGAUGUCUUCCAAACAAUUAAAAAUUGUCCAAAGAAGGAGUUCCUUCUCAGGGUUUCGUACAUGGAGAUCUACAAUGAAACAGUCACUGACCUGCUUGUGGACAGCUGGAAGAGGAAACCCCUGGAAGUCAGGGAGACAAUCAAUAAAAACAUCUAUGUGGCUGACCUAACCGAGGAACUCGUUACGUCUCCUGCACAAGCCCUGGCCUGGAUUCGGAAAGGAGAAAAGAACCGCCACUAUGGAAAGACAAAAAUGAACCAGCGAAGCAGUCGCUCCCACACCAUAUUCCGAAUGAUCCUGGAAAGUCGAGAAAGAAGCGACCCAGCAUCAGGAGAAAAUGCAGAUGGAGCCAUUAUUGUGUCUCAUUUGAAUUUAGUUGAUUUGGCUGGAUCAGAGAGAGCAAGUCAAACAGGAGCUGAAGGCACACGUUUCAAAGAAGGUUGCAAUAUCAAUCGCAGUCUCUUCACACUCGGCCAAGUGAUCAAGAAAUUGACAGAUGAAAGCCAGAAGGGUUUCACCAACUACAGAGACAGUAAGCUCACCCGCAUCCUGCAGAAUUCCUUGGGUGGGAACGCGAAAACAGUCAUCAUUGGUACCAUCACACCUGUUGCUCUGGAUGAGACCCUCAGCACUCUGCAGUUUGCCAGCACUGCAAAGAAAAUGAAGAAUGAUCCUCAUGUGACAGAGGUGUCUGAUGACGGGGCUCUGCUCAAAAGAUACCGCAAUGAAAUUGUAGAUCUCAAGCGACGCCUUCAUGAGGUUUCUUCAGUCACACAGACCACAGCCACAGAGAAGGAGGUUCUCUCCCAGCUGCUCCAAGAAAAGGAUCAGCUCCAGAGAGAACAAGAAGACAGGAUCAAAAACCUGACUAAACUGCUGGUCACCAGCACAAACCAGGUUCCUGCUCAAAAGAUGCCAAAACGCAGGGUUACGUGGGGAGGAAAGAUGCUCAGACUUGCCCGUCCGUCUGCAUGUGAUGGUGGUUCAUCUGACCUUAGCUUUGCAGACCCUUUCACUCGGAAGAGGAAAGCCUCUAAUGUCUCUCUGAUGGAGCUGGUUGAAGAUGAUGAGGACUUCGACUCUCACUGGGAGAUUCCUGAUGAGCCUUCAGAUGAUAUGGAGAUAAGUCAGAGCUCUGUGACUGUCAGGAGCUUUGGAGACAGUCCCAAAGACUUUGUGUCUCCAGACCGUAUGCAUGAGCUUUCAGGGAAAGUGUCCAGCCUGCAGCUGCAGCUGCAAACAGAGGUCCAACAAAAACAAGAGGCCUUGGAGAAGGUGGCAAUGUUGGACCUCCGAGUUGCAGACCUGGAGAGACGGCUUGAGGAACAGAACAACACUCCAAGUAAAACUGAUGAACAGAUGGGUAAACAGUUUGCAGAGGCCAUCCAGCUGUGUGAGACACUGGCUUCAGAGAAGGACGUGGUGGAAGUCGAGCGAGACUACCUGAAGCAGGAGCUUGGGAUGUUCCUAGAGCAGAUUGAAACUCUGGAGAAAGAGAAAGCUGCUCUGUCAAAAGAGAUGGAGGAGAAGAGAGAGAUGGAUGAGUUCAAGUCUCUGGAGGAGGAGUUCAGAAAAGAGCAAGAGAUUCAGAGACUGACUGAGGAGCUCGAGAGCAUGCGAGCAGAGAGAGAUGGUCUGCUCUCUGGGAAGGAACCCAGCUGUCAGACCUCCACAGAGGAGAUGGAGAAGCUGCUGUGCAGAGUGACGUCUCUCACUGAGGAGAGAGAUCAGCUGCAGGAGAUACUGGAGGGACUGAGACAGGAGAAGCAGCAGCUCAAAGCAGAACUGGAGGACAGGAUGGAGAUGGUUGCACAAGUCCAGUGUGGGUUUAACCAGCCAGAAGGACUGGCCUCAGAACUGCACCAACAGGAUGCCCAAGUAACCCACCUUCAGCAAGAGAUAGAGCAACUACAGACAACUUUACAGGCCGUCAGUGAGCAGAAGAGCCAGCUGGAAGCUGAUCUGCAGCAUAAUACAGAGAUGGCUGCAGAGACGCAGAGCCUUCUGCAUUCACUUCAACAAGAACUCCAAGAGCAGAAUCAAAGAAACACUGACCUAGAAAGACUCAGCCAAGAGAGGCAAGCUCAACUACAACAAGAGGUUGCAGAGACUCUGAGUCUUCUACAUUCUCGUCAAGAGGAGCUUCAAGAGCAGAAGCAAAAUAACUCUGAUCAAAUGAAACUCUGUGAGCAGAAGGAAUCUGACUUAGAACAACGGACCAAGACUCUAAGUGAGCAGCUUGAGAGUGUACAAGCAGAAAGGGAUGCCCUGUUGUCUGAGAAGGAAGCCAGCUGUCAGACCUCCACAGAGGAGAUGGAGAAGCUGCUGUGCAGAGUGACGUCUCUCACUGAGGAGAGAGAUCAGCUGCAGGAGAUACUGGAGGGACUGAGACAGGAGAAGCAGCACCUCAAAGCAGAGCUGGAGGACAGGAUGGAGAUGAUGCAGUGUGAGUUACAGCAGCAGCUCAGCUCUGAGCCUCAGUCUCUGAAAGAAGAACAGGAGGCUCAACGACUUCUGCAGAACCAACAGCUAGAGGAGCAUCUGGAGAAAACUGAGGAGGUGAGCCAGCUGAAGUCUGACCUUCAGGAAAAUGUAGAACUGAUGAUUGAGGUCCAGGAGGAGCUGAGAGAGUCUCAGGAGAAGAUCAGAGUUCUAAAUGAUGAGAUCAACGUGCUGAAGAGUCAAAAGGCAGAGCUGGAGGGCAAAAUUCAGAGGCUGACUGAGGAGCUCGAGAGCAUGCGAGCAGAGAGAGACAGUCUGCUCUCUGGGAAGGAACCCAGCUGUCAGACCUCCACAGAGGAGAUGGAGAAGCUGCUGUGCAGAGUGACAUCUCUCACUGAGGAGAGAGAUCAGCUGCAGGAGAUACUGGAGGGACUGAGACAGGAGAAGCAGCAGCUCAGAGCAGAGCUGGAGGACAGGAUGGAGAUGGUUGCACAAGUCCAAUGUGGGUUUAACCAGCCAGAAGGACUGGCCUCAGAACUGCACCAACAGGAUGCCCAAGUAACCCACCUUCAGCAAGAGAUAGAGCAACUACAGGCAACUUUGCAGGCCAUCAGUGAGCAGAAGAGCCAGCUGGAAGCUGAUCUGCAGCAUAAUAUGGAGAUGGCUGCAGAGACUCAGAGCCUUUUGCAUUCACUUCAACAAGAACUCCAAGAGCAGAAUCAAAGAAACGCUGACCUAGAAAGACUCAGCCAAGAGAGGCAAGUUCAGCUAGAACAAGAGGUUGCCAGGACUCAGAGUCUUCUACAUUCUCUUGAAGAUGAGCACCAGGAGCUAAAGCAAAAUAACUCUGAUCAUAUGAAACUCUGUGAGCAGAAGGAAUCUGACUUAGAACAACAGAUAGCACAGCUGAACAUGUCUCUCCAGACUGUGACUGAGCAGAAGAGGCAGGUGGAAUAUGAUCUACAGCAGAACAUGAAUAUGGCUUCCACAACACAAGAACUUCUGAAGUCAGUCCAAGAGGAGCUGUGUGAACAGAAGCAGAUGAACUCUGAUCUGGAAAAACUGUGUCAGGAGAAGGAAAUCUCCUACGAUCAACAGGUGAGGACUCUGACAGAGAAACUGGAGAGCAUUGAGGCAGAGCGAGACAGUCUGCUCUCUGAGAAGGAAGCCAGCUGUCAGACCUCCACAGAGGAGAUGGAGAAGCUGCUGUGCAGAGUGACGUCUCUCACUGAGGAGAGAGAUCAGCUGCAGGAGGCACUGGAGGGACUGAGACAGGAGAAGCAGCAGCUCAGAGCAGAGCUGGAGGACAGGAUGGAGACGAUGCAGUGUGAGUUACAGCAGCAGCUCAGCUCUGAGCCUCAGUCGCUGAAAGAAGAACAGGAGGCUCAAACACUUCUGCAGAUCCAACAGCUGGAGGAGCAUCUGGAGAAAACUAAGGAGGAGGUGAGCCAGCUGAAGUCUGACCUUCAGGAAAAUGUAGAACUGAUGAUUGAGAACCAGGAGGAGCUGAGAGAGUCUCAGGAGAAGAUCAGAGUUCUAAAAGAUGAGAUCAACGUGCUGAAGAGUCAAAAGGCAGAGCUGGAGGGCAAAGCAAGCAAUGGGAGCGAUGCAGAUAUUUCCCUCCAGAUGCAAGAACUCCAAACUCAGAUUCAGAGGCUGACUGAGGAGCUUGAGAGCAUGCGAGCAGAGAGAGACAGUCUGCUCUCUGGGAAGGAACCCAGCUGUCAGACCUCCACAGAGGAGAUGGAGAAGCUGCUGUGCAGAGUGACGUCUCUCACUGAGGAGAGAGAUCAGCUGCAGGAGAUACUGGAGGGACUGAGACAGGAGAAGCAGCAGCUCAGAGCAGAGCUGGAGGACAGGAUGGAGACAAUGCAGACUGAGGUGAGGACUCUGACAGAGAAACUGGAGAGCAUUAAGGCAGAGAGAGACAGUCUGCUCUCUGAGAAGGAAGCCAGCUGUCAGACCUCCACAGAGGAGAUGGAGAAGCUGCUGUGCAGAGUGACGUCUCUCACUGAGGAGAGAGAUCAGCUGCAGGAGACACUGGAGGGACUGAGACAGGAGAAGCAGCAGCUCAAAGCAGAGCUGGAGGACAGGAUGGAGACAAUGCAGACUGAGAUAGCACAGCUGAACAUGUCUCUCCAGACUGUGACUGAGCAGAAGAGGCAGGUGGAAAAUGAUCUACAGCAGAACAUGAAUAUGGCUUCCACAACUCAAGAACUUCUGAAGUCAGUCCAAGAGGAGCUGUGUGAACAGAAGCAGAUGAGCUCUGAUCUGGAAAAACUGUGUCAGGAGAAGGAAAGCUCCUUCGAUCAACAGAUGAGGACUCUUACUGAAACACUGAAGAGUAUUGAGGCAGACAGAGAUGGUCUGCUCUCUGAGAAGAAAUCCAGCUGUCAGACCUCCACAGAGGAGAUGGAGAAGCUGCUGUGCAGAGUGAUGUCUCUCAGUGAGGAGAGAGAUCAGCUGCAGGAGGCACUGGAGGGACUGAGACAGGAGAAGCAGCAGCUCAGAGCGGAGCUGGAGAACAGGAUGGAGACCAUGCAGACUGAGAUAGCACAGCUGAACAUGUCUCUCCAGACUGUGACUGAGCAGAAGAGGCAGGUGGAAUAUGAUCUACAGCAGAACAUGAAUAUGGCUUCCACAACUCAACAACUUCUGAAGUCAGUCCAAGAGGAGCUGUGUGAACAGAAGCAGAUGAACUCUGAUCUGGAAAAACUGUGUCAGGAGAAGGAAAGCUCCUUCGAUCAACAAGUGAGGACUCUGACAGAGAAACUGGAGAGCAUUGAGGCAGAGCGAGACAGUCUGCUCUCUGAGAAGGAAGCCAGCUGUCAGACCUCCACAGAGGAGAUGGAGAAGCUGCUGUGCAGAGUGACGUCUCUCACUGAGGAGAGAGAUCAGCUGCAGGAGACACUGGAGGGACUGAGACAGGAGAAGCAGCAGCUCAGAGCAGAGCUGGAGGACAGGAUGGAGAUGAUUUCAGGCAUCCAGGAGAGGCUGAGCGAGCAGGAAAAUUUGAAUUCACAGCAGCAGCCAGAGAGAGGAGAACAAGAGACCAAGCUGCAACGAAGAGUGCAGCAGCUUGAGGAGCAGCUUCAAACAUACAGGGAGAGACACAGUCAUGCUGAAGCUGAAGCUGAAACCUCACAGCAGUUGCUCAGUGAAGCGAAGACAACCAUCUCUGCCCUUAAAGAGCAGCUGAGCAGUUUGGAGCAGAGCACCAGUAGAGUCAAGGAGACAGCAUCAUCACGACUGCAGGACUCUACAGGGCAGCUUCAGGAGUCCUUCAGAAAAUUCCAGCACCUUAUAGACACUUGUUCCAAGUAUAACUCCACAGCACUGGACAAGAUGCAGUGUUCCCUGAAGCAUCCUUAUCUGGCCUCUCUACCAAAACCCACCAUGAAUGCCUACAGCACUGUGUGUCAGUUGCAGCUGCAGACAACUCAGAGUCUGGGAAACAUUAUGGAGCACCUCCAGGUGCGAGCACAGGGCUACAGGAAUCUGUUUGAGGAGUUGGUGAAGAAAGAUCUGGCUGUUUUUGAGGAGAGGCGUCUGCAAGAUGUGCUGCUGUGCAGAGCACAGGCACCCUGCUACUCUGUCAGAGACGAAGACUUUCACGCACUUUGGCACCACAGACUGACGGAGCUGCUGAACAAGAGGCAGCUCUACCUGCAGAAAAUGGCCAGCAUUUCAAGUACGCUGUGUGCCAACAUGGCGUCUUAUCCCAGUGAGCUGUCCGCUGAGAUCAGACACAGGGAGAGAUUCAAGGAGCAGCUGCAGACCUUGCUUAACAAGCAGCCAUUUAGCCUCAGUGGGCUGGACAGCAUCCUGAGCAGUGAGCUGGACCACAGAUCUGCAGUGGCACACAACCGGAAGAUGAUUCUGCAGGGCAUCAUCGAUGAACAGAAUGGUCUGUUUGAAGAGCUGAAGCUGCUUGAGGCUCAGGCUGAUUUACAACUCAGAGAGGAGAGAAGUAAGAGUUCCACUCUGCUGCAGGCACUGGAGGGAGCUCCUCUGAAAACUGAGCUCUCCCUACUCAAGGACAACCAGCAACUUGUGCUUCAGCUCCAGCAAACAGAGGAGCAAGUUGAGGCUCUGCGUGUACAUAAUAAGCAGUUGGAGGAAGCUCAGAUCAAAGCCAACAACAGGGUGUCCAACCACAAACAGGCUACCCAGCUGCUGCAGACAGAGCUGCAGGACACCCGUGCACAAGUUGAGGAUAAAGACAAUGCAAUCCAAGCCCUUAGGAGCAAACUGCGAGAGUCUGAGAAAAAUGCAUCACCCAGUGCUGUUGAGCUGGAAAAACUCCGCACUAAACUGUUCAAAAUGGAGGUGGAGCUGAGUUCAGCAUCUGAUAACCACAAAAAAGAGAUCCAACAGAUGACCACACUGAUGAAUCAAAAGGAAGAAUCACUGAGGAAGCUGAAGGAGACCUUGAGGAAAUCCCAGCAGGAGGGAGAGGAGUCAUUCUUGCAAGGUGAGGACCUUCAUGCCAGACUGACCAACCCCCGAGGUCUGGUGAUCAAAUCCAGUGUUGUACUGGAGAAGACUAAACUGGAGGAGGAAGUCAAACAGCUUCAACUGAAAAUAACUGAGCUUGAAAGCUUGGUGUCCAGUCAGCAGGUAGAGAUCAACAAGUGGAAGAGCAGAGCCUUCAAGCUGAAGGUGAAGAGCAAGGCUGAGGUGGACAGGCCUCCAUCACCCUGCACUCCCACCAAAAGAGGCCUUCCCUUGACCUCAGACCCUUCCAACUUCCUCAGCUCACCCAAGAAGUUUCUGGUUACUCCCAGGAAGGUUCUUGACUCUCCCAGGAAGGUUCUUGACUCUCCCAGGAAGGUCCUGGACUCUCCCAGGAAGCUGCUGGACUCCCCAAAGGUCUCUGUGCUCGACUCCCCCAAAAGCAGAUUCUUUGAUGUGGGCGGAAGCUCCGAGGUGCUGUCCAGAACCUGUCCUAAGCAGUUCUUUGAUAACUCCAGCCUGGGAACCAUUCCAGAGGUUUUCGACGUUCCUGAUGAACCAGACACAGACAUGGAUGCAGCUGCAGGUGCAGGCAGAAAGGAUUGGUGGCCUCAGUCUCCAAAGCAAGAGGAAAUGUGUAAAACCCAGUAAAAAAAAAUCCAUGUGCAAUAUAUUUAAAUGUCUUUUGUCUUUUCAAUGUUUCGGACUUUUCUGUUUUGUUUUUAUUCCGUCAUU